AUGGCCCCGGAGCCUCCCGCGGCGUCGUCCGGCGACUCGAGCGGCCCCGCGUCGACCCGCGGCGCGUGGAGCUCUUUCGGUGGCGCGUCCAAUGCGGAAGCCCUGGCACUCGAUGUCCGGCUGUCCCUCUUGUCCAGGAUCAGCUGCCGCAUCCACAGAGAUAUUUCGGCGUUCUUCGAGGCGGAGGGGCGGUUCGUGUACCGACGGCCGAGGCUCGUGAUAGGGGCGUCCAUCGCCUUCGCGGGGAUGUGCGCCGUCAUGUUCUUCACGCUGUUCGAGCAGGAGCUGGACAGUGACCGGCUGUUCACACCGGAGAGCUCGCAGGCCUUCAGGGACCGGGAGUACGUGGAGGGCCUCUACGGCGACCCGCCGGUGCAGACUCGUGUUCUCAUAACAAGAAGGGUUGACUUGACGAAGGAGCCGCAAUGCCGAAAGCGAGACCUGCUGGUAGACCAAGACAGAGCAAGUAGAUUCCUCAUGGAGGUCUUCGACCUUUAUGAAGACAUUCAGGCGAUCACGGUUACGGAGGGCGGAGACGUGCUGACGUUGGGGGACAUCUGUGCGAAGCCCGUUCCGAAUGGGCCAUGUUUGAUGCAAAGUGUCUUGGAUGCGUGGAACUACAGCAGGGAGGCACUCGAGAGUGACACCAACAUAUCAGCCACGCUGUCCAGAGGAAAUUUGGUGACCGAGCUUGGCCUACCGCUGGACACUGGUUUUGUCGUGGGCCGCAAUCAAGAGGGCGGCCAAUGCGACGGAAACGCUGAGGUGUAUCAGUUUCAAUUCAUUCUGCGAUGGGAAACGGAAGAUAUUAAUGGCAAAGACAUCGAUCCUAGAACGCACAAGUGGCUGCGUACGUUGGUUGAUGUUGUCCGAGACCACUGGCGUAGUCCACAAUUGGAGGGCUUCGUGAGCGACUUGCACAUUGUCGACAGUGAAUCGGAAAGGGGAGUGGUGAAAGAUACAGCGAAGCUGCCUCUGGGGUACAUAUUGGUGGGCAUAUACAGCCACGUGGUGAUGUUCAAAAACAGCCCUGCCUUCAAUAAAACACAUCUGGCGGGAAUGAGCUAUGUUUCUGUCAUUCUGGCCAUCGUCAGCGCCUUCGGCAUGGCGCAGGCCCUGCAGGUAAAGUUCAACCUCGUCACCCAGACGCUUCCCUUCCUGCUGCUGGGCCUCGGCAUGGACGAUGCCUUCAUAAUCGUGGGCGCCUACCACCAGACGGACGCCUGUCUGGCAGGAGAGGAGCGCGUGGCGCAGGCCAUGCGGCGGGCGGGGUCCUCCAUCUUGGUGACGUCCAUGACGGACUUGGCCGCAUUCCUCAUGGGCCUGUACACGGAGCUGCCCGCCUUAAGGGCAUUUGCGGCACAUGCCUGUCUGGGAAUAACCUUCGACUUCAUAUUCCAGGUCACCUUUUUCGUUGCGUUCCUGGCUCUGGACGCAGAGAGGGAGAAACGCGCACUGAACGGGGCCCCAAUGUGGGGGUUUCAGUGCUGCUGCUGGAAUUCCGAGUCAAACGGAGCUGGCCCGCCAAUUGCCAACAUGGCCGCAAAGAGACGAGACGAAGAAAAGGCUGAAGUACAAAAAUCCCCUGAGUCUGAGAGCGUGCCAGUGUUUGCGAUUCCGGACAUUGACAAUGUCUGUAAUGAACAACUUUCAGCUGGUGGGAAAAACUGGAAGCGAAAGAUAUUCGGCAAAGGUGACUAUGACCCUGCAGAGCCUUCUCUCUCGACGAGAAUGAUCGGCUGUUGGCUCCCGCAAUGGACUCUGCACCCGGCUGGCAAGGUGGCCGUCAUUUUGGCGGAAGCUGGACUCCUGGCUUGGGCCAUCUACGGCCUUACAAUGGUUCGCAUGGAUUUCAAAGGGCGGGAGUGGUUUACGCCAAAAGACUCGUGGCUGCAGAAUGUAUUCAAGUUGGAGGAACUCUAUUUUGCCGGGGACUCCACAAAAUUCCAAGUUUAUACAAAAGAGGCGCCGCCAGACCUUCCCAGCUACUACUACUUCCAAGAUGGCCUGGCUAGGCUGGAGGCUGAUCUCAUGGCCAACGACAAAUAUGUAUCUGAUAGUCCACCAGUGCGCAGCUGGUACGGAGACUUCUGCAGCUCGUUGGAGCCAGGCAGCCGAAACUGCAGCCAGACUCGCCUGCUCAGCCCUUUAAAUUUUGACCUCCAGGUGCACAACUUCACCCUCACCCCACAGGGCGCCGUCCAUCGCCCAAGCCUCGUCUUCGACCCACCUUUCUGCCUUCCGGACGCCCGCUGCAGAAUCGUCUCUUCCAAACUCGAAGGCUUUUCAAAGGACGUGGUGGAUGGCCAAUACGCCGUGGACCUCGUGGACAGCCUGAGGGAGACAGCGCGGGGGGCCGUGCCGGAGCUGCGGCCCAUCGCCUACGACCCGCUGUUCCUGUUCUACGACGGCUUCAGGGUGAUCCAGUGGGAGACCGUGCGGAAUGUGGUGCUGGCGGGCGUCGCCGUGUUCGGCAUGUCGCUGGUCAUUCUGGCGAAUGUGUUUGCGGCGGCGCUGGUGCUGGGCAUGGUCGCCGCCACCGACGUCAUGCUCCUUGGCUGGAUGCAUUACGUCGAUCUGACGUUCAACCCCGUCACUGCCGUGAACGUCGUCUUGGCGGUGGGCAUCGCUGUGGACUACUCUGCCCACGUGGCGCACACCUUCCUUGUGGCACAGGGCAGCCGCCAGGAACGCGCGCGGGGGGCGCUGCUACAAAUCGGCGGCGACGUCUUCUCUGGCGCCUUCACCACAUUCCUGGCGGUUGUCGCCGUGGCGGCCGCAGAGCACUACAUUUUCCAGGUCUCUUUCAAAAUGUUCUUCGCCAUCGUGAUCUUCGGUGUCUGGCAUGGCCUCGUGGUGUUGCCGGUGCUGCUGAGCCUUGUUGGGCCUCCCCCUUAUGUUGGGAUACUCGAGGAGCGACAGCCGGACGCACAGGAGUGGAGAACAGAGAGCUUGGGGACCAUCGGAGAGAGCCAAUAG